GUUGAUUGAGAAUAGCUGAAAGUUAAGAUAAUGAAAAUAGUUUGUGGGAUAGCGGUAGCAGUUGGCCUGGUAACUGUCUUAACGCCUUUAAAGGCAAAGGCAGGCUUAGUUCCCAUGAAGCAAACAUGGACCUAUGAGCUGAAAUCAAUCGAAACUCAUUCGGAUAAUCCAGAUCUAAUGAGUUUUGAGGAUUUUAAAGUGGAGCGCAUAAGUCGAGGCGUGUAUGCGGCCAGUGGAAGUUUUACGGUGAAUUACGAUGUGGAAGAGGGAGAUGAUACUGAGAUCGAAUUCCUUUCAUAUCGUAGUGAAAACGGUGUCAAGGAAUACAAACCCUUACCUUUUAGGGUGCAACGUCAACAUCUCUAUCGAUAUUUUGACAAUCUGUAUAAAGUCGUCAUGGGCACCCUGAAGGAAUGUUCCAAUAUGCCGGCAUAUGAGGAUAAAUUUGAACCACCAUUCGAAAAGAAGACCUAUGUUUUGGAUAAAUGCCAAUUUAAUCAGGAAGAAUUUCCCCAACAUUUACAGGAAGGAUUUUACAAGGUCAUUGUUAAUGGUUAUGGUGCCGCCACUUGGAAUAUGGUCUUUGUAGCGGAAAUAAUAAGUGAUGUGUAA